AUGAGGACGAUGGAUAGUGACGUUCUUUUCAUGUAUGAUAGUGUGCAAGACUACGGUAUCAUACUUGGUGAUCUCAAUGCUAGAAUCUACUUUGUCCAAGGCUUUUUGGGUGAUUUCCGACUAGUAAUGUACCCACUCAUGGCUGCACAGCAGCGCAAGGUUUUAACCAGUUUAGUGGAGAAUAUGAAGCAAAAGGUUAAUGGGACCUGA